UUUCUGGGUGCAAUUAUCACGUGGAGGGCAGUAUUUUCCUCCGACUCCGAGGACUGCUCCAUUGAAGGCCAGUACGUGUUCUCUCGUGCUCCUCCAGGUUCUCGCCAUGUCUGCCAACCCGAUCUCCCGCUGCGACUCUCCGUCCCUCAAGAUCGCCCUCGCCAUCGCCCUCCACCGCUAUAAGAUUCUCCACCGAACCCCUUCGUCCGAUUCCGAUGCCCAGCGCUGGAAGCGAAAGGCCAAGGACCGGAAGCGAGAGAUCCUGAGGCUCAGAGAGGAGCUCAAGCAGCUCGAAGAUGGAAUGCAUUGCGAUGUUGAGCCCCCAAUAGUUUCCUGCCGGUGCCAUUUCUUUGAUGGAUUUGGUGAGCUGGGAGGAGAUGCGGGAAGUGGCGCCAGCGAGCACUGGAUCGAUGAGGUCCUGAGAAGAAGAUUUCUAAGACUGGUUCGCUGGAAGGAGAAAAGGAAAAGGGUGGAUGGUUCUAUCCCAAGAAGACAUUUUUUAGAGUUUAACAAUGAAGACGGGAUGGAGCGGCUUGGUACAUCAAUUGAUUUCCUGGUGGAGCUUUCAGACACUCAUUUAGCAAAAGGGAAGAUGGACUCUUCUUUUGCUACAUUCUCUCAUCAAGCUACAGAUUUAAUUCUAGCUUCAUUGAAGAAUUUGCUGUCAUUGCAAAAGGAAAAUGAGUUAGCUGAAGAUCUUAUCAAUGGAUUGAUUAUGCGUUUGACAAGAAUGAUGUGUACUGUCCCUGAAAAUAAUGGAUCAAGAGAUUCUUGUUCAGAUGCCCAGUUCUAUAUUCAGCACUUAAUCCGCAAGCUAGGAAAUGAGCCAUUUAUUGGUCAACGUAUAAUUCUUUCGGUUUCUCAAAAGAUUUCUGUUGUAGCAGAAAGUUUACUUCUCAUGGAUCCAUUUGAUGAUUCUUUCCCUUCUAUGCACGACAGCAUGUUUAUGAUGUAAGUAGUCCUGUAAGUGUAGCAUGUAUUGCUUGCUUCAUUAGCAAAUAAGUGAAAUUAUGCUUCAGUAGAUUUUUCUUGUUUUAUCUUUAUUAUGAUAACUCAAUGAGAUGCUAACCAUAUAAUGCAUAUGCAACCUAUCUGCAUAGGGCUGAAACCGGAUCGGAUAUAUAUCGGGUACUAGUAUAUCCAUAUUCAUAUUUAUUUUCUUUGACGAAUACAGAUACAAAUACAGAUAUUGGUCAGAUGCAAAAGUUCAUACCAUAUUUGCUUUAAACGGAUAUGGAUACAAAUCGGAUACUAAAAGCAAGAUUUUAAAUCCCGUUGGAUAGAGGUGUUCCAGUUUCUCCAUGGAACAGGAGGCCCUGCUGUCCCAUCCCAUCCCAGCAAUGGUCCCGAUCAUGGAUCCUAGUAGAUAUCUUCCAUCUCUCUCCCCUUCUUUCCUUUCUUUCUUAUUUUGCUUUCUUUUC